AGAGCAGCAGCUUACAUUCAAGAAUCACCUCUCAACACACAACUAAGAAACAUAGCUAGGUAACCAGGGAAGGUAGCAUCAGCAGCGGGAGGCAAUGGAGGGAAAGAGGACUACCACUUCGAUGGUGAUCAUGUGCAUGGUCAUCUUGAGCCUCACUGUCGACUACGCCACCGCAGCACAGUGCGGCUGCUGCAUAUCCUCUCGAGCAAAAGCAUGUUGUUUUGGUUGUAUUGCUGCUGGUGGCUCCGACUCAGUCUGCAAGAACACUUGUUGUUUCCCAUGUAUUCUGGCCGAUUCUGUUGUUGCUAAGAUGGACGAAAUGGGAGUUCUUGCUAAGAUGGACGAAAUGGGAGUUCUUGCUAAGAUGGAAGGACAAGCCUAAAACAACAUAUUUGCAUUGCUACCAGUCUUAAUGCCUUUCAUAAGAAUAUGUUGUUUUGCUUCAAGUUAUGGCCUAGUUAUGUUAAUGUUUAUCUCCAAUAAAUUGUUGACCAUAUGGAGCGAUCUAUAGUCGAUCCAUCUGUUGGUCCCAACUAUUUGUAUGUCGUGCAUGUGUUCGCUCACAAGCAUAUUUAAUUUCUCUUGCUGCUUUUAAUAAGGCCAUAGCACUAUCCAAUGUAUCAUCUGUUGGUCUCUGACCUUAGCAAUUUAUUGCAACAUGAUUAUUAUUAUU